GCAAAGAUGCCGCAUCUGGCCAUGGCAGCGACUGUGGAGACAUUCCACCUCCGCUGAAGUUCAUCGGCGUCUACAAGGCCACCAGCUUUUGCAAGAUCGACCCGGACCGACUUCAGUACGAAACUACACCAUCGAUGAAGAGAUUGUAGACGGGACCUAGCGCCACUUGACGGCAUCAAUCCGAGGACGAGCACUUGACGAAUACAACACGGUGAUGGAAGCCAGACGAGAAAACGGAACCUAAUUUCGGUACCAGCGCUUGUGGUGCGACUUUGACGCCAUGAUGCACAACCAGAGCAAUGUGGAGCGACUCCAUGAGCGGCCUUCACGAAGACUUGACGUUCGACGUACAGGGACACCGACGACAGCAUGCAUCGUUUGCGUUUCACAUGGGUUCGUUCGGACGCAUCCGUCACUGUGCCAAGAUCCUGGUGACGCUGCAAUGGGAGGAUCGUCGACGCAAUUGUGUCGUUGAUCGAAGGCAAAUAGACUUGUCCACAAGGACGUCAUGCGAGCGACGCAACGGCCACAAUGGCAAAGUCAAGCGCACAAUGGGCGAAAUCGCUUGUAUUGAUUGGUGGCGGGGAGAUGCUGUGAACAGGAUUUCGUAGUCGCUCCUAUCCCCACAUUUCAUUCCACGUAUCGUCUCGAUGGAGUACGCUGUUGCAACGUCGUCGUCCAUGCCAAUCCAGCGCAGUCCACGGCGGCCACGACAACGAGCUGCUGUGUGCGACGAGCGAUUCGGCUCGGACGACUCUCGCGUCCGGUUGCAGGUCCCACGACGAAAAAUUUGCCGCCGUUGGCUACUCGUCCAAGUCUGGUAUUGUGCCCGCCACGAUCGACGAGGGAAGAAGCGGCUAUCGUUGCCAGCAUGGCAUUCGACACGAUCUGCCGCCUUGGCACAUUACGAUUCCUCAGCCCCAUGCAAUUGACACCAAGUGGAUCACGGCAGCCAUAUCUUACUCGCUAUGAUGGCAGAACGUCACACCACGAGAUCGAGCGACGUCCAAUGCGUGCGGAAGCUAGUACUACAAUAUUGCACUGCAGCCUCCACUUUGUCACUUGGUUCGCCGCCAAGACGUGUCGUAGAUGUUAGUUAAAUUGUCAUGCCCUUUGGCGCUCGCAAGACUGUCGCGGCAAACCCGGCCAUGUCGAUGAUUUUCAC